GGAGCGCCCGGCCGUGAGGGGCUGGGGGCACCGCGGUGUGUCGGCAGCGGCGCCGGUCGAGCUUCACAGUCUCGUUGUAGUUGCCUUUGUGUUGCAGGCACAAUACUCUCCAUUUUAUGUGAAAGAAGAACCCGGCCAGUAUGAGCUGGGCUGUGGAGGAAUGGAAAGAGGGCCUCUCCCCCAGAGUCCUGCAGAAGAUCCAUGAGCUGGAAAGUCAAGUGGAUAAGUUUAAAAAGGAGCGUCAGCAAAGGCAAUACCAGCUGGAGACUUUGGAGGCAGCUUUACAGAAACAGAAGCAGAAGGUUGAAAAUGAAAAAAAUGAAUCUUCAAUACUAAAAAGAGAAAACCAAAGCUUGAUGGAAUUAUGUGAUAAUCUUGAGAAAGCAAAGCAGAAAAUUUCACAUGAUCUUCAAGUAAAGGAAUCUCAGGUCAACAUUCAGUCAGGUCAGCUGAAUUCCUGCAAGAAGGACAUUGAAAGGCUCGAACAAGAACUGAAAAGAUGCAAAUGUGAGCUUGAGAGAAGUCAGCAAACAUUGACUGCAGGAGAUGUAUCAUUCAGUGGCACUCCGCAGAAAAGUUUUACUGCUCCUCUAACACCAGUUCAAAGUAGUAAUGAUGAUAAGUUUGAAGAACUAGAGGAAAAAUACAAGAAAAAAGUACAAGAAAAUAAAGAGCUGGAAUUACAACUGAGAACCAUCCAGCUUAAGAAAAUGAAUCAGCCUCAUCCACAAAGCUCUUUGAGUCACAGAGAGAUUGCUCGGCAUCAGGCUUCCUCAUCUGUGUUUUCAUGGCAACAGGAAAAGGUGUCAGCUAGAAACGAAGAAACACCUGCAAGGGGAGCUUCUGCUAGAAACCAAGAAACCCCUGCAAGGGGAACUUCUGCAGCAUCCUCCUUUCCAUGGGAUAAAGAAACAAAUUCAAGUAUGCUAUCAGAGAAGAGCGAGUUUGACAACAGCUUUGCUGAGAACUCGAGUUCUUCCCUCAUGAUCCAGCUAAGAGCACAGAACCAAGAACUAAAUUCCAUCAUUAAAGACCUAGAACAGCAAUUACAAGCUCAAGAAAAACUGAAGAGGUCCCAUAUGAGUAAACAUCAAGAGACUGAACUAGAGCUGGACAGAUUGAAGUUGGAAUUAACUGAGAAGGAUAAAACACUGAACAAAACCAGAGAUAAACUGACUCAAACUAGUACACAGCUUGAUCAAGCUACCACACAGGUCCAAAUGCUGGAGCAAAAGGUGAAGCGAUUGUCAGAAGAACUGAAUUGCCAAAGACAAAAUGCUGAAAGCACUCGUCAGUCUUUAGAGCAGAAAAUAAAGGCAAAGGAAAAGGAAUACCAACAGGAACUCUCUUGUCAGCAGCGUUCCUUGCAAACACUGGAUCAGCAGUGCAACCAGAUAAGAAGCAAACUGAAUCAGGAGCUACAGCAAGCCAAAAAUGACUUCAAUGCUCUGCAGGCUGAAUUUGACAAAGUAAUGGCAGCAAAACAACGCCUAGAACAUGACACCAGCAAUCUCACCCAGAAGCUGUGCAGAGCAGAGCAGGCUCUAUCAGCAGCCCAGACUAAGGAAGCUGACCUGACAAGAAACUUUCAGGAAGUGAAACACGAGAAAAAUCUUCUCAACAGUCAACUUGAAAAGAAAUCUCAACAGAUCCAUCAGCUUGAAGAAGAACUAAAUAUGACCAAGGAAUCUCUAAAGCAAAGCCAGAAUUUUGUGGAAGAGUUGAAAAAUAAGAAUGCCGUUCAGGAAGUGGAGCUGAAGUUACUGGAAGAGAAGUUUAAAAGGCAAGAGAGCUCAGUUUCACUGGAGAACCUGAAAAUAGCUUUAGCUGACAUGGAAAAGCAACAAGAGUCUACCCGAGGUCUCCUCAAGGAAAAAGAUAAUCAUAUUAAAGAACAAGAAUGUAAAAUAAAUAAGAUGGAAGGAGAAUCAGAGGCUUUGCAGAGACUCCUUGAAUUAAAGCAGAGAGAAUGUGAAGAAUUGAAGAAAGAGACUACUGUUUUUUCUCAAUGGAAAAAUGAAACUGAUCAUCUUAUAAAUAAACUUAAGUCUGAAAAGGAAGGUAUGCUGGCUCAUAUUAAUGACUUGGAGAGUUCCCUUCAAAGUCAGCAAAGCAAAAAUCAUGAGCAUAGUGAGACACUUAGAAUGAUGCAAACUGAAAGUGACAGGAAAUCCACAGAGAUUAGAGAACUUAAAGGUAUGCUGGAAUGUAAAAGUGCAGAAUUAGAAGAACAAAAAAAAGCUUUUGAUGAACUUAAACAGAAAGCAGAAUGUUCUGAUAAAAAGUACUGCAAAGAGAUAGAAAAUAUGUCCUGUAAAAUAUUCCAACUCACCAACCAAGUUGCUGAAGUAGAAGAAAAGUUACAGUUGGCAGCAAGUCAAGGACUGCAAAGGGAGCAGUGCUAUCAUGACCUGCUUGGUGAAUAUGAAAAAAUCUGCUGUCUGAUAAAAGCAAAAGAUACUUCAGAAAUGAUAGAAGAUGGAGAAGUUAAUUUACAAAGCAGACAGGAUAAGACUCCUUUGGAUAAUAUGCAAUUUGCAGCAAUGGAUUCCAACACUGAGGAUCAUGGAGGUACAAGAGCUCAUCUAGAAAUGGGUAAAACUAAGGAUCUUGCUAAUUUACAAGAGCAGAUCUCUUUUCUUGAGAGUUCUUUAGUGGCUCAAAAGCAGCUGAAUUCAAAUCAGCAGCAGCAGUAUGAAAACUUACUGCAAAUAAAGAGUGAAACAGAACAAAGGUUAUUUGCAGUAGAACAGAUGCACAAAAACUUUGUGACAGAAACCGAGCAGCAGAUCAGUAACUUGCAAGCGGGUAUUUCAGCACGUCAGGAAUUAGUUGAAAAAACUUCAGCUGCUCUUGAGGAAAAGGACAUGCAACUGCAAACUCUGAAUGAAAGGCUAGAAAACAGACAAGUUGAGCUUCAGGAUUUAAAGAUCAAUAAUAAAUUGCUUGAGGAUUCACUAAGACAGCUGAAGAUCAUGUCUGAAACAUGGGGUUCAGAGAAGAAGGACAUGUCUUCAAUGAUUUGCUCAUACAGUAAAAAAGUUGGUGAACUUACUGAAGAAAACGCAGCCCUUAGGGAUUUAAGCAGUGCUUUAAAGCAAGAACAAAUAACUUUACUGGAGGCAAAUAAAAAUAUUUAUGAUAGUUUAAAGGAAAGAGAAGAAAUAAUUUCUGAAAUGUCUGGAAAACAUGAGGAGGAAAGACAGCUUAUUGAAUCAAGAACUGAAGAAAUCAAAACUGAGCUUGAAGUUUUGCAGGCCAAGUAUAAAUCAGUAGAAGAAGAAAAUGGAAAAAUUAUGAACAUUCUGAGAGAGCAGACAAUUGAAUUAGAUGAAAAAAAAGCAAAAUUAGAACAAGAGAAACAGGUACUUAGUGAGAAUGAAGAAAUCUUACAUAAGCUAAUAGCCUCAGAAGAAGUAAAAAAGGAUUUGGUUCAUGAACUUCAGCAAUUGCAGUCAGAAUUUUCCAGCAUCCAGCAUGGGCCUUCUGUGGAGCUUGACUGUUUAAGCCAGGAAAAGUUAAAUGUCAGGACAACACAAAAUACAGUGCAAGAGAAAUGUGGCUUUGUAUUUCAAGAAAAGGAGCAAUUGGGGAAGGAACUACCUACAAAAAAUGAACCUCUAAUGUGCAGUGUUAAUUGUGGACAGACACUCUGUUCAGAACAGUUGAGAAAAUCCAUGGAAGAAAAGGACAUUGAGCUGAAUAAAUACCAGGUUAAACUUGAGCUUCUUCAAAUGGAUUUUGAGGAUAGCGAACUCUCUCUAGAGAACUGCAGGUUAGAAGUGAUCCAACUGGAGACUGCUUUAAAAGGUAUGGAAGUAGAACUUGAGAAAAGUGUGAGAGAGAAAGAGAGACUGCAGCAAGAACUGCUGUCUGCUAAAGAAAUGAAAACUGCAGAUUCUUCGCUUAAAGUAUUAGAGGAAGAUGGCCACUCACUGGAGUAUAAUUAUGGUGACAUUUCCCAGGAUUGUGGCAGAAGAGGAGUAGAUGACUAUCCUUCCUCAGUGUUGCUGGCAUCGUCUUUGCAGGUAACAAUAAACCAACUAACUGAGCUUGAGAAAAUGUGUGAGAUGUUGCAGAGUGAAAACACUGCUUCAGCCUCUGGAUUCAAAGAUGCAAAAACCAGUGGUCCCACAGGUAUUGUGGAAGAGGAGAAAGAUGAUGUAAUGAAUGCAAACAGUGAUUUAAAAGCUGAGAAAACUGUUCUUCCUGAUGAACUUAUGGAUCAAAGUGAUAACAGUGAUCUCAGAAUGUGUUCUGAUAAUAAGGAAAUGUCCUUCAGACUUAAAGAAUGCAGUUCUUCUGACUAUGAAGAUUUAAAAUUGUCCAGCAAAGAAGUUAAGGUACACUUCGCUGAAGUAAGAGAGAAGCUUUUGACUUUCCAGAAUGAACACCUAAAAUUGUAUGAACAGCACUGUAGUAUGAGCUCAAAGAUAUGUGAGCUGCAGUCUUGUAUUGAAAUACUGAAAGCGGAAAAUUCUUCAUUGUCGACAAGUCUGAGCAGUGCUCAUGUAGAUUCUGUGCAAGUGUCACUGUCAUCCAGCCAAAAUGACACGCUGCCUAAAUUAGAUGAAACUAAGGCCAUGGAUUCUUCCUCAGCCCUUUCUGUAAAUCCCUGUUUGUUAGAAGUAAGUGAGGUGGUUGAUUCUCCUAACAGUGGUUUGUGCAAAUGGACAGAGGAAAUGAAUCUGACAGACAGCUCUGUAGAAGUAAUUUCAGAGGAUGCAGCAGAAGUUUUGGUUGAAAAGUGUCAUAAUGAUCGCAAUUUGCGCUCUGUUAGCAAGCUCAGGAGUAUUAUUCCAAGAAAAUCUAACCUUGAAAAUAGAAUUGAAGAACUUAAGACACUCUGUCAGACAUAUGAGAAGGCCAUCAAGGUACUUGAAGAUCAGUUUCAUGUUCAAGAGAAUAUGAAAAAUGAGGAAAUACAAGAGCUGAAAGAAGUUAUACUUUCUGAAAGGAAGGAAAUAGAUCAUCUCAAACAGCAAAAUCUAUCUGAAAAGGAAGAAUGGCAGAAGAAGCUGAAUACUGUGACUAUGGAGAUGGAGUGCAAACUGGCAGCAGAAAGAAAACAAACAGAGAAUCUCUCUUUGGAGCUGGAAGCAGCAAGACUCCAACUACAGGUCCUUGAUUUAAGUUCUCAUUCACUGCUGUGCACAGAUAUUGAAAAUAACAUAGAAGACAAUAGUCCUUAUAAAUUGAGAGUGCCUGUGGAAAACUCAGCUCUGAAAAACAAUCUUGAAAUAAUCCCCAUUGAGAAAACGGCUGCAGGAGAUGCUUCUGUGUGUGAAAAUGAAGCUGAGACUGUUGAAGCAAGAUCAAUGGAAGAUUGCACUGAGAAAAUUUCUGGAGAACUUGAGUAUAAAAAUAUGUCAGUAAAAACAACCAGCCCCUCAGACCAUGCCAGUGCAUUGUCAUUUUCCAAUAGUAGGGUUUUGAGUGCUGGGUAUUUCUGUGAAAAUCAAAUAACCACUGAAAUACUUCAGGAAGAAGCAAAACAACACACUGCUGAAAAUUUGAAGCUGAUCUAUGAGACAGAAAAAAACUCAAACCAUGUUGAUUUAAAAAUGAAAGUUGAGCAGUCAAACUCAGAGAUAAACUUCCAGGAGGCACAAAUAAUUUCAAAUAGCUCAGCUUUUGCAGAACUGGAGGAAGCUACUGUAGCUGUUAAGGAAGAAAACUGUGGCAAAAAGGAAAAACAAAGACCAGUUUCUGUCAAUAGGCAGGAAUUCUCUCUUCAAGUAGUCUCAUUAGAGAAAGAACCUGAGAACCUGAAGUCUGAGCUGGAGAUAGGUGAAAUUAGAUCGCCUAAUGCAGCAGACACAUUUGAUGAUGUAGAAAUGACCAAGAGAGCUGGUCAGGAACAAUUUCUUGUAGGUGUAAAUGAACAGGGGAGUCCAAAUUCUGAGCAAGUUAAUAUUGAGAAUUAUGCCUUGUUCAUAGACCAUGACACUGAAAUGCUUCAGGCAAAAUGUCAACAAUUAGAAAGGGAGAGAGAAGUUAAUCUGAAAACUAUUUCUAGCUUUCAAAAGCACCUUGUUUCUGUCACAGCUGAGAGAAACUAUAUUGGCCAAGAACUGAGUAUUUUGUCUGAAAGCAAAAAGGAGCUGGACCAGAAGUGUCAAAAACUACAAGAGAAAUUAAAAGAAUUAGAGUUAAGUGAAAUGGAUUCUACUGGAUUCAUUAGAAGGUUAGAGGAUGAAGUGAGGACACAAGCAAAUUUGCUUGAGGCUGCAAAAUCUGAUGUAAAUCAAUUAUCCAAUGAAAAAGAUUAUCUUCUUCAGAAGCUGCAAAGUUUAGAAAAUGAUGCUGCAUCUUUCACCUUAGAAAAACAAAAAUUCCAGAAUGAAGCAGCAGAUUCAAAGAAAGAAAAAGAGCUGAUUGCAAGAGAGUUGGUAACGAUGCAGCAUAAAUUAGAUUCAUCAGAAAUAGAAAAUUCAAAGCUUUCUAAAUCUUUGGAAGGCUUGUUAAUGGAAAAAGGAGAACUUGCUGCAAGACUCAGCUCAGCACAGAAAGAAGCAGACCAAUUGCGAUGUGGAAUUGAGAAGCUGAAAGUAAAAAUUGAGUCAGAUGAGAAGAAAAAACGUCACAUUGCUGAAAAGCUGAGAGACAAUGAACGGAAAGCUGACUCUCUUCAGGAUAGAAUAGAGAGGCUUGAAAGGGAAUUGGAGAUGUCAGAGAAAAAUCUAGAAGAUACAAUUAUUGAGCUGGAGACUGCCAAAGCAGAGGCAGAAACAUUAGCAACAGAUAUGGAAGAGAUGACUGAAAAGCUGAAAUGUUCUAACUUACAAAUUGAUGUCCUCACCUCACAAAAAGAAUGUUUGGCUAAAGAUUUAAAAGAAAUGCAAGAAAGAUUCCUUGAACUAGAGUCCUCAAAUUUGACUUCAGCAAAACAGUUGGAAGAAAAGGAGGAAGAAAAGAUACAAAUCAAAGAUGAGUUUGAAAAUGCUGUGGCGUUGCUGAGAUCUGAGCUCAAAGAUGUGACUGAGAAAUUAGAAUUUUCAUGCAAGAAGGAAGCAGAUGCUAGAGCAAAAGAGCAAGUCUUGAUUAAUCAGGUGGCUCGUCUUGAGAAAGAUAAAAUAAUGCUGUUACAGGACUGUCAGGAAAUAAAAAAUGAAAACAUCAAAUUGGAUCAAGAAAAGGAAGUACUUGUUCAAGAAUUGAUGAAUUCUAAACAAAAACUCGAUGAAAAGGUGCAGGAAAAUGGUGCUCUUGAAAAGCAGGUGAAUGAAAAGGUAGCACUUUCUUUGCAGCUGACUCACAUGCAGCAUGAACUUGAGUGCUGGCACCAGGAAAAAGAGAGGCUGCAGAAACUGAUUGCUGAGUUGAAUCUGAAGGAGCAACAUUUUUCUGAUGGUGAAACCUCUCCGGGUAUCCUGAAUGUUCUAAAAAUGUCUUUUAAAGACCUUGAGAAGGAACUGGAAUCUGCACUUUGUGAAAAUAACACUCUACAUAAAAAGGUAAAUGAACUGACUGAAAGUCAAAUUGAGCUGCAAGUCAAACUAGAUAAUACUGAACAGAAGAUUGCCCAAUUACAGGAAGAAAGAAAUAAACUUGCUGAAGAAAUGCAAUGUGUUCAAGAACAUUCAGAGAAGAACGAAAUUCAGCUGCAUCUAACAACUUCAGAAAAAAAUGAACUGGCCAGGAGUUUGGAAAUGGUCAAGAAUCAACUACAAGAAAAAGAAAUUGAAAUUAAAAGAGAAACAUCAGAAUACAAAGACAGAUUACUUCAAGCAGAGAAAGAGCAUCAGGAUGCUCUGACAGAAACUAACCGAAAGAAUGAAGUUGAAAUUGAGGCCUGUCAUGAGAAGAUUAGUUCACUGGAGCACUUUAUCAACUCACAAAAAUUGGAAAUUGAGCAUUUGAAGUCAAAUAAAGAACAGCUAAAUAAUUCCCUUAAAGAAGCUAAUCAAGCCUUAGGAGAACUCCUAAAAACUAAGGCUGAUAAGUGUAACAUUAUAAUUCAGCUGAAGAAGGAAAAUGAAUAUGCCCACAGUGAAGUGCAGAUGUGGAUGAAAUCCUGCAAGCAGCUGGAACAGGAAAAGGAAGUGUUGCAGAAACAACUAGCUGAACAUGAUGAGCUGCUAAAGAGGGAAAAUCUGACUAUGGCAAAGCAUGAUAAAGAAGAUGCUGAUCAUAAUGCCAUUACAGAAGAAAUUAAGUUAAAAUUGGAAGAAUUGCAGGAAUCUACAGAAGUGAAGACCAGAGAAGCAAAUGAGAACUUGGAGAAAUACUGUUCUCUAAUUGUUAAAUAUCAUAAACUAGAGGAAGCAAAUGAGAUGCUAAAAACACAAGUCAGUUUGUUGAGUACUCAGCUGAAACAGGGAGCGAGUGAUGCUGUCAGCACUCCUUUGCUGAAUUCAGAGAAGUCGUCAAUAGAAAAGGGAACGCACGCUGUCAAAGACAGAAGGUCAGAUGAAGAAACCACUAAGCUUUCAAGUAAAAGGCAGAGACAUGAAUACAGCAGGAAAGAAAACGGAGAACCAAGAUCUCCUGCUCCAGAGACUUCAUUGAAAAAGAAAAGGAAAUGUGAUAUCUCUCAAAAUCUGCAGGGUCGGGACAGCACUGACUGUGAGUUGGAUGGGCUUCCAGAAAUAGUGCAAAAAGGGUUUGCUGACAUCCCCAGUGUCAAGGUCAGCCCUUACAUUUUACGCAGAACAACACUGCACCUCAGAUCCAGUCCCCAUCUGGCUUCCUCAAGUGAGAAAAGGCCUUUGCCUACACAGGGCUCACAGAAAUGCAGACCAGGCCAUCUUGGUGAGCGCUGCUGUUCGACACCUGGUGGCAGCAAACCACUAAAGGAAAAUGAUGUGCAGCAGUUCCAAGCUUUUCCACCGAUGAAUUCUACAUCAAGGUCACCGCUUUGCCCACAUAAACAAUCCCCAAAACCUCUCUCUGAUAAUACUAGGGACAGCUGUACAAUACACAAAGUAAAAAACUCCCUAAAUGAACAAGGAUUAUCUGAGCAAGAUGAGCAAAAAGAAAAUUGUAAGGUGCAGUAAAUCUGGCUUAGUCACUACUCAGAAUAACUGGUGAUCCAAACCAGUUUGUUAUAUAAAUAUCUGAACUGUAUGGAGGGCACCAUUUUCUCUUCUCCAAUGAAUAAGGAUAUAUGGGCUCUGCAGAGCUUCUUUGUGAGUAUUUACUAGUACCAAAAGUCACUCAGACUUGUGAAAUUAUAGUGAAGAGAUAAAAUUGAUCUUUUUAUAGAAUCACAGAAUAAAUUAGGUUGGAAGACACCUUUGAGGUCACUGAGUCCAACCAAUGACCUAACAUCACUUUGUCAACCAGACCCUGGCACUGAGUGCCACAUCCAGUCUUUUCUUAAACACCUCCAGGAAUGGUGAUUCCACCACCUCCCUGGGCAGCCCAUUCCAAUGCCCAAUCACUUUCUGUGUAGAACUUCUUCCUAAUGUCCAGCCUAAACCUCCCCUGGUGCAGAUUGAGUCUGUAUCCUCCUAUCCUGUUGCUGGUUAACUGAGAGAAGAGACCAACCCCCACCUGGCUACAGCCUCAUUUUAGAUGUAAUUGUAGAAUUAUGAUUGUAGCAUUUUCUGUAAAUACUUCUUUAUAUAUCUGUUAAAAAAAUUAAACUAUAGAAAAAGUGGCCACAUGUUGCCAUGCAGUU